AUGCACGGAUUAGGUUUGCGCAGUGUCUGUGCAGUGCUGCUAGUGAGUUGCAUACUGGACAAGGCCACCGUUUGCACUUCCGACGCUACAGAGCCAUGGUACGAGGUGACAACAGCAGGUGACGAUGAGUCUAGUACGGAGCCGACCACAGAGUUACCGUACGUCGAGAGUACGAGCGCAACUCCCUGGAUGGAAUCUACGGAAACGUCGCCGACAGCAGACUACGCGGACGCCGUCGAGUGGACCGAUACGAGUGCGUACGAUGUCUACUGCAAACCGGAGCUAUGUCUGCGCUACAACCGAUAUGGCGAGCUGGAACCUAAGAGGCACGUUGCCUGCGGGUUCAAUGGUUCGUUCGCAGCCGACUGUCCACCGGGGCGAAUGAUACUUAAGAUCGAUGCGCAGCUCCGCCACUACAUCCUGCAUCUACACAACGAGGCACGCGAUCGGUUGGCACGGGGUGACGAGCCAGCGUUUGCUCCCGCCUCUAGAAUGCCGACUGUGACUUGGAACGAUGAGCUGGCUAAUUUGGCGGAAAUUAACGUGCGCAGCUGUAAGUUCGAGCAUGACGAGUGCCGCAGCACGUAUCAGUAUCUACACGCAGGGCAAAAUUUGGCCGUAGGUUCGUAUUACCUUGAGACGGAUAUCUUCGAAAUCGUGCGCAACCUGACGACGCUCUGGUACAGGGAGUAUGUAGACACGACGCAGGAAGUGUUGGACAAGUACACCACCGACUACAAUGCCACCAUCGGACACUACACGCAGAUGAUCUCCGAUCGCACGACCGCAAUCGGGUGCGGUGUCGUGAUCUACCCCAAGAAGAUAGAGGACUUUGUGUUCAAGAUGGUGCUGUACGCCUGCAACUACGCCAUUACGAGCAUCGUACAUCAGCCAAUUUAUUUGAAAGGUGAGCCGGCCAGCCGUUGCGUAACGGGCACCAAUCCAGACUAUGGUGGUCUCUGUAGCUUGGACGAGAAUCAACUGAUUAAAGCGAUACCUGCGUACACUUGA